AUGUCUUCGAGAUAUUCCGGCUCAAUGAUUGUAUGCGAUGAUUUUGAAAUUGAUAAUAAUAAUUUUUAUUUUAUUCUGAUGCAUCUGCUGUCGGUGUUUGCAAUAGCUUUCAAUGCUUUUGCCAUAUACUGUAUACUCUAUAAAUCAACAAAACAAAUGGGUAUUUAUAAAUGGUAUCUACUGGCUUAUCAAUUAUCAUCUACCGUAUUCGACAUUACUUAUAUGAUAUUUACCCUACCAGUAAUAUUUUUCCCAGUACCUAUGGGUUAUGCAGCUUCGUGGUUUGCCAGAAUGUUUUCUAUCAGUGGCCAUACUGCUGUUCAAAUGGUUGUCACCGCUUGUUUAUGUCUUGUUGCCAGUAUUGUUAAUCUCUUUGUUUAUCGUUGCCAUGUUAUCAUUCCAAAUUAUCAUUUUUUGAAAUAUUACUGUUGGCCAUUCAUGGUGGCCCUGACCUCUAUAGCGAGAUGCUCUAGCGAUAGUUAUUUAUAUUUAUUUACGGCUAACAUUUGGAGUGUUAAGGAGUACACAUGCGCCAAAUCUGCGGCAUUUCUCCCUCAGCUCUAUUUCUACACUCCCCAUCGACUUGAACGUCCUGCUAUAGCAGCUACGACAGUUGGAUCGAUCUCGGGUAUUAUUUGUGUCACCUGUAUUGUUAUGUCUUCGUAUUUCCUUCGCCAGAAUGGGAAACUAUCGGAGAAGACUAGACAGAUGCAACGACGCUUUCUGCUUUACCUCUGUAUUCAGGUAAGCCAUGUUCUGAGCUCUACCGCUGUUUACGAAGUGUUCAAGAGGCUUAUAUCUUAA